AUGAGUUGGCGAGGCUGUGGGUCUGGCCGCGGAAACAGCAGAGGAAGCAGCCGUGGCCGAGGACGGGGUACUGGACGAGGACGUGACGACCGUGGCGGACGUGAGAAAGCAGCAGGCAUAUGCUUUGACUUUCAGAACGACGGCUGUACUCGAAAGAAUUGCCGCUUCUCGCACGAUGCCGAUUCUGCUACCAGUGGCCUUCCGCGGCGAGUGAGAGCGGAGGAGACUGAGGAGCAGCAGCAUGCCCGCACACAAUACAGCAGCUGGAAGAAGUAUCUUGGCGGUGCAUACUCUCCAGCAGAAACUUACACCAUGCGACGUGUGUGGGAAGGUGCUCUGGGAAUCCUCCAGGAAGACGAUCGAGAUUGGAAGCAGCAACUGCCUCGCGACCUUGACAACGACGAAGUGAAGUGCAACGGUCGUGCCCACGUCAAAGCUAUUGUUGACAGGCGAACCACAGCAAACAGCAUGGCAGAGUACGUCGAAGUAGCCAAGCACUUCCUUGAGGUCAUCACACACCCAUCCUUAGUGGACUGUCUUGCAGUAGACGAGCAUGUCGGCGGCAUAUACAGCUUCAUUGGAGGCGUUAACGGCACCCGAGCGAUCCGUUUCUUCCAACAUCUUUGCGAAGCUUUAGUCACUGUCCGCACUGGUGAGCGUACCACAGUCCCUCAGGCCGUAGUUGAGAGGGCUCUCACCUGCCUUACUGCAGCUUUGUACGAAUUGCUCUACCGGGACCGGCGAGCACGGCUCAACGAUUGUUUGCUCGAGCUGGUUGAUACUAUAGAGACCGCGGCAGACAUCGUUCCGGAAAACCUGCCCUCUGUAACUUCUACGAUCGUCAAGAAUUGUAUCGCAGAUACACGAGCGCUGAUUAAUCGAGCAAAGGGCUUGGUUUCUGACGAAGAAUCGACGGAAGACGUACCACGCACCCUUGCGGCUUCCACAUACCCAAGGGAUCUUGUACUCCCAGCCGACAGACAUGACAAUGAUAAGCUCGAUAUCGUUGAGAUUACCAUCUUUCCUACUCGCGAAGAGCUAAUGAGCGACGUAAAGGAGUUCCUGCCGUCGACCGACCCUGAUCAGCCUCAUUUCCUGACGAACAAGGUUGAGAGACACAUCGAUACCAACUUUCGUCUCUAUCGACAUGAUGUGUUCGGUGAGCUGAAGAAAGCUCUUUCCGGCCUGAUGUGCGCAGCAAUCGAUGAUCCUUCCGUACUCUCUAAACCAAAAGGACAUCUCGGAGAUAUGCGAGUGUACCAUUAUCCAAACGCUCAUGUCAGCUAUGUGACCUUUGACACACGCCGUGGACUUCAGAUACAAAUCUCGUUUCCUCAGCCUCAAGGCGCGCGCCGGAGGUCGCCUACUGAGAGACGCGAUUGGUGGGAAGACUCCAGAAGACUGGAAGAAGGCUCGUUGCUUUCUUACAUUUGGAUCCAGGACUCGGUCGUCCAACAGCUCUUCCUUACGGUAACACAGAAAAGCACCAACCCCGCCCAGGAGUACAAUCUGGUUGACCGCGACUACAUAGCAACCAUUACUGCAAAGUUGACAACUCAAGAUCACACAUCACUUGACAUAUCGAUCGGUGCAAGUUGUGGCAACACGCAAGGCGUCCUCCUAGAGUUCCCCAAUGUCAUUCCAGCAACCUUCGUACCGAUACUUGAGAAUCUGCAGGUCAUGCAGCGACUGAGUCGCUUGAGAUUUUCCCAGUGGCUUCUUCCGGAUAGACACAAUGAACCACCGCAUCAAAGAGUCUACCAGGACAUCCCACCCCCCGUUUACUCCCGACAACCUGGGUUCAAAUUUCCUUUAGGAGCAAUUAUGAAGACGACUGCACGAGCCGCUGACGGCUCGUUUGGUAUCCAUGCCACCGCAUCAUGCUCAGACUCGACGCUUCUCGAAGAGAUCGCGGCAAAAACAGAGCUUGAUUAUGGUCAGUGUAGAGCUCUGGUUGCGGCCCUGACCCGCGAAAUCGCCUUUAUUCAAGGCCCACCGGGGACAGGUAAAUCUUACAUUGGCCUACAAGUCAUGAGGAUUCUUCUGGCGGUGAAAAAAACUGCAGCUCUUGGGCCAAUUAUUGUAGUGUAA